AAUUCUUAUUCCAACAUCUUAUAGGUUAGGUUAAAUAUUUUAUUUUUUAAUGAACCGGUGGUUUUUGAAGCUUUCUAAAUUUUGUGUAAAUAUAGAAUUGUUUCUUUUUAAUUGCAAUAUAGUGUAAAUUUAAUGAGUGCUUAAUUACAAAUCAUAUUAAGUAUUGAAAAAUAAGUGUGUAAUCUGUCAAUCAGAUAAAGAUAUAAAAGAUAAAAAUUCUAUUCGCGUACUUUGAUCGUUUAACAUUUACAUACCUCGGUAUUGCAAUAUAAUUAUUAUACAUCAGUGUUCUAAUUUAGCAGUCUUUUGCUAUAAGUGAGGAAAAAUGGCUCUUUCAAAGCCACGGGAUAUUAUUUACGAACUCGUUGGAGCAUAUUUUCAAAGACUUUAUACCAGUCCUCUGAAGACAAAAGCAAUUACGAGUUGUGUUUUUGCUACAUUGGGAAAUUUAAUUUCUCAAAAAUUGUCGGGAACGAAAUACUUAAAUCAGGAUAGUUUAGUGGCUUUUGCAUUAUUUGGGCUUCUGAUUGGUGGACCAGUUCCUCAUUAUUUUUAUAUGUACGUAACACGUUUUGUUCGACAUCCAUUGGGAUUUUUAUUAAUUGAGAGAUUCUUGUACACUCCAGCAUUUAUAGCACUUGCUCUUUACAUGCUCGCUCGAUUCGAGGGAAAAUCACAUGAAAUCUCACAGGACCAGUUGAAAAAACUCUAUUGGCCUACUCUUGUUGCAAAUCUCAAAUAUCUCACAUUAUUGCAGUAUAUUAAUAUACGAUUUGUUCCUCCAUUGUUACGUGUUUUAUUCGUCAAUGUGGUUGGAUUACUCUGGUCGAUUUAUCUAGCGAAUCAACGUGCCAAAGUUACGAGAGAUAGAUCAAGAAAUAUGUAAAUUUCUCUUUAUAUAAGUAACAGAGAGAUUAAUUUUCCAUCCAAGAAAAAAAAUUUAUUCCUCGACUAUUGAGACUUGAAAGCAACAGGAAUGGUGAUACUUUUACAAUUUUAUAGAAACUAAUGUUUUUAUUUUCAAUUUAAUUUCUAUCUUCCAGAGGUUCAAGGUUUUAAAAAUAAUUGCAUAUACUAUA